AAAACAAAAAGCUGACUACAAUGUGAUCUAAAAAACUUCCUCAGGAGUUGGGGAAAACUUGCCUUGGAAUGUAAAGUUCUCUCAACUGAUACAGUGCUCAUUAAAUAUGCUGGGCUCUCUAAGUAUGCUGGACUCCUUUUGAGUCUAGUGGCAUUUUUCCUGAUCUGUACUAUACUUUCUAGCUGACAUUCCCAGGCCUACCUGGAAAUGCUGCCAUGUGGGGGGUUGAACCUGUGACCUUCUGUAAAGCAAGCAGAUGCUCUACCCUUGAGCCGUGGUGCUUCCCUGUACAGAUCAGAUGAAGAGGGGGUUAGUGCCCCUGUCCCUCACCAAAUGAUGUUACAACCUCUCAGGCCCCUUCCAUGCUGUGUCUACAUUCUUAUUUGUUUUAAUUUGGCAGCUGGCACCAAAAUCAGUGGGGCUCUUGUGGGCAAGGAAAAUGUACUUGGAUGGUGGGAGGGGAUGAGUGAGCUCUCCGGGCCAGAAGCUGGCAAGCCCCACCUUAAGCCAAGGAGGAGCUCCCUGGUGGUCUCUGUUUGCACUGGGGCAGCAUCUACUCCCCACAACUUGUUGGAAGAAAGCAACAUGAGGAGGUCUUGUUCCCGGGAUUCUUUCCUGGGUAUUCGUUCUUUUCUGUGUUUUCUGGCACAGGUUCCUCUCCCUCCUGCCGCUUCUGCCUUCUGUGCAUGGAGAAUGAUGGAGAAAACCAAUGGUCUGAAGGCUUCCCCUGCCAACCAUCAGCCACAGGAGCCCAUGAAAACUGCUGCCAAUGGGGAUCCAGAGAGAAAGGAGCUCAGCAACCACAGCAGAGUGCCGUCAGCCAAUGAUGACACGUCCUCAGAACUGCAGCAUGUUGCCGCCUUGGAGAAUGUGGACCAGAAAUCCCACAAGACAGGGGGCCUCUCCAGGAUAGCCCGCCUGGUGAUGGUUCUCCGGGGCUGGGCCAAUAAAGGCUUGAAAGAAGAGGAGCGGACAGACUCCUUCCUGGAACGAUUUCGAGGACCAGAUGUCAAGACUUUGGCAGUAGCUGCAGCAAGGGGCGAUGGGUUUGAUACCCAUGACAGAAAGACAAAGAAGAAAUGGAAAGUCUUUGUAUUGAAUCCUGCAGGGGACUGGUAUUAUCGAUGGCUUAUGGUCAUAGCAGUGCCAGUCCUUUAUAACUGGUGCACAUUGGUAGCACGGGCCUGUUUCAACGACCUCCAAGGGAAGUACUGGAUCUGGUGGCUAGUUCUAGAUUACAUCGCAGAUAGCAUCUACAUCGCAGACAUUGUCAUCCGCUUUCACACAGGUUUCCUGGAGCAGGGAUUACUCGUCAAGGACCUCAAGAAGCUGCGUGAUAAGUACAUUGCCACCAUGCAGUUCAAGCUGGAUGUCCUCUCUGUUUUGCCCACUGACUUUGCCUACUUUGCCGUCGGCUUAAACCGCCCUGAGUUGCGCUUCAACCGGCUGCUGCAUUUCUCCCGCAUGUUUGAGUUCUUUGACCGGACAGAGACACGGACCAGCUACCCAAACAUCUUCCGAAUCUGCAACCUGGUGAUGUACAUAUUGGUCAUCAUCCACUGGAAUGCCUGCAUUUACUAUGCUAUCUCUAAGGCCAUUGGCUUUGGAGAGGACACCUGGGUGUAUCCCAACAUCUCAGACCCAGAGUUUGGUUAUUUGACAAGGGAGUACAUCUACUGCCUCUAUUGGUCCACUCUGACCUUGACUACCAUUGGGGAGACCCCUCCGCCUGUACGUGAUGAAGAGUAUCUCUUUGUCAUCUUUGACUUCCUGAUUGGUGUCCUCAUCUUUGCUACCAUUGUGGGAAAUGUGGGCUCCAUGAUCUCCAACAUGAACGCCACCAGGGCAGAGUUUCAGGCCAAGAUCGAUGCAGUCAAGCAUUACAUGCAGUUCCGCAAAGUGAGCAAGGACAUGGAGGCCAAGGUGAUCAAGUGGUUUGACUAUCUCUGGACCAAUAAGAAAACUGUGGAGGAGUGGGAGGUCCUGAAGAACCUGCCUGACAAGCUGCGGGCAGAGAUAGCUAUCAAUGUUCACCUGGAGACGCUGAAGAAAGUGAGGAUCUUCCAGGACUGUGAGGCUGGGCUUCUGGUGGAGCUGGUGCUCAAGCUCCGCCCCCAGGUAUUCAGCCCUGGAGACUAUAUUUGCCGGAAGGGGGACAUUGGCAAGGAAAUGUAUAUCAUCAAGGAAGGGAAGUUGGCUGUUGUGGCAGAUGAUGGCGUAACCCAGUAUGCUAUGCUCACAGCAGGCUGCUGCUUUGGGGAGAUCAGCAUCCUCAACAUCAAAGGAAGCAAAAUGGGGAACCGGAGGACGGCAAAUAUCCGGAGCAUUGGCUAUUCCGACCUCUUCUGCCUGUCUAAGGAGGACCUCAUGGAAGCAGUGACAGAGUAUCCAGAUGCCAAGAAAGUCCUGGAGGAGCGUGGACGAGAGAUCCUCACCAAAGAAGGUCUGUUAGAUGAAGCAACUGCAGCAGAGGGCAUGGAAGGUAUGGAUGUGGGGCAAAAGCUGAACAGGCUGGAGGCCAGCUUGGACAUGCUGAAUGCCCGGUUCUCCCGCCUCCUGGCUGAGUAUGAUGCUGCCCAGAUGAAGCUCAAGCAGCGUGUCACCUCCCUGGAGACCAAAGUGAAGCAAGACCAGCAGGAUGACUUUUUCUCUGAUGGUUCCAUUAGCCCAACCACAGAAGAGGGGAAAGCCAAACCUUAACCUACUGCGCUGCCAUCUGGAUUUGAGGCAGCAGCAUUUCCUUGCAUCUGAUGCCCAUCCAGACUGCCUUGCAGUAACCCUGUCUCCACCAAACUACUGCUCCCUAACCGAC